AUGGAAAACCACCCAACGGCCCUCUCCAUCAUCGAGUCCGAAAACCUCACCCACGCCCUCCCGGACAAAGUUAUCCUAAUCACAGGCUGCUCCUCCGGCCUCGGCGCCGCAACCGCCCGCGCCCUCUCCAAAACAAACGCAACCCUCUUCCUCGCCGUUCGCGACAUCCCCAAAGCCCGACACGUGCUGGCCGAUCUCCUCGCCCCUGCGUCUGACUCUACCCCCGCCUCCGUCGAAGACAGCAAACCCUCCUCACAAGGGGAGAUUCGCCUCCUCCACAUGGACCUCGCCAGCCUGUCCAGUAUCCGGCAAGCAGUAACCUCCUUCCUCUCACAAAGCGACAAGCUCAACAUCCUAAUCAACAACGGCGGUGUAAUGGCCACACCAGAGGGCCGCACAGAAAACGGCUUCGAGACCCAAUUCGGAACGAACCACCUCGGCCAUUUCCUGCUCUUCGAGCUCCUUAAACCCAUCCUUUUGCGGUCUGCGACACCACAAUUCCACUCGCGCGUGGUGGGGGUGACGUCGUCCGCGCACCGGAAGAGCGGAGUUCGGUUUGGGGAUCUGCAGUUUGAGAUAGAGAAAUAUGACGGCGCGCUGGCGUAUGCGCAGAGCAAGACGGCGAAUAUCUAUAUGAUGAAUGAGAUUGAGAGGCGGUUUGCGCGGCGGGGGCUGCAUGGGCUUAGUGUGCACCCGGGGCUGAUUUUCACGGGGUUGCAGAAGUUUGUGGAUGAUGGGGUGAUGGAGGAGUGGCGGAAGCCUGGGAUGAGGCCGUAUCUGAAGACGGAGGAGCAGGGGGCUGCGACGGUUGUGGUGGCGGCUGUGGGGAGGGAGUGGGAGGGGAAAGGCGGGAAGUAUUUGGAGGAUUGUAGGGAGUCGGGGCCGGCGAGGCCGGGGUUUCGGACGAUUGAUCCUGGGUAUGCGAUGCAUAUUUGGGAUCAGGAGAGCGCGGAGAGAUUGUGGGAGGAGUCUCGACGGUUGGUUGGGUUGCGAGAGGAUUAG